AUGUCGCUAAUCGAAGGGUUCGAAAUAGCAAAGGUUCCGAAGGGGUUUCUCAGACAACAAAUUCGACUUGUGUUGGUAGCAUGUAUAUGCACUAUAUGUAUCUCCACAUUAUUUUAUUACUUUACGUAUUCUUCUCAGGUAGUUCAUGAGAUCAAGUCAUUGGUCCUCGCGGAGAGCACCUCGCUACGCACGGGUAAAGGCAUAGCUGAGUUCAACAGAGGACUUCAGCUUAUUGUUUAUCAGAACGGCAAUCAGGUAGUAGUGCUUAUCGCUUUGUUUUAUUUAUUUCUUCAAUUAUUUUGCAUUCCUGGAACUGUGAUACUGAACACAGCACUUGGGGCAAUUAUGGGCACUCUGGUAGGGGUACCUUUCUGCGCUUUUCUUGGGACCCUUGGCGCGUUGUGUUGCUACACGCUUUCCCGCACUAUCGGCAUCUCAUUGGUCGAUUUCUUGGAUUUAAAGCUCAUGAAUGGAAAAGGUCUCCAGAAUAUUCGCACACAAGUUAAUCGUCACCGUAAAGACCUCUUCAUUUAUAUACUCUUCCUGCGCCUCACACCGAUCCUUCCGAACUGGUUAGUAAACCUUUCUUUACCUGUGGUCGGAGUCCCAGUUGGGGUCUUUGUAGCAGCUACUUUUCUAGGUAUUCUUCCACAAACAUAUCUUAGUGUUCGCUUCGGUGCCUUUGUCAAACAGAAUCAAAACUCUGAUCUUAAAGAUGAUAAUAGAAAAAUUAUUACUUUUUGGGAUACGCUGUUCAUCGCGACUAUCGCGGUGAUAUUGUUGCUUGUUGCUAAGCUCAAAAAGCGGUUUUUCUAG